GUGCCAAACCAGCCUCUAGGACAUGGAUGGAUGUCUCAUGAGGACUUACGAGCUAGAGGACCCCAGUGCGUCCCAUCCGAUCAUGCCCCCCUGUCUCCACAAAGCAGUGUAGCCUCUUCGGGAAGUGGUGGGAGUGAACACUUAGAAGAUCAGCCUUCUGCUCGUAACACAUUCCAGGAAGAAGGGAGUGGUAUGAAAGAUGUUCCUGCCUGGUUGAAGAGCCUCCGCUUACACAAGUACGCAGCUCUCUUCUCUCAGAUGACCUACGAAGAAAUGAUGGCCCUUACUGAGUGCCAGCUCGAGGCGCAAAAUGUUACCAAAGGUGCAAGGCACAAAAUAGUCAUCAGCAUCCAGAAGCUGAAAGAGAGACAAAACCUUCUCAAGUCACUAGAAAGGGACAUCCUGGAAGGCGGCAACCUGCGGGUCCCACUCCAGGAGCUGCACCAAAUGAUCCUCACCCCCAUCAAAGCGUACUGCUCCCCCAGCGCCAGCCCUGACGAGCACAGCCGGGACCCGGACUCUCACCACCCGCCUUCCCUGAUCGGCUCCGACGGCCAGGUCUCCGAUGGCAAGGACUCAGCCUCGGGGGGCAUGCAGCAGCACCACUUGCCCGGCUGUGAGGGUGAGUCGGGAGGGGCCCCUUUGCCUGAAGGAGACCUCCCCGGGCAGUUCACCAGAGUGAUGGGCAAAGUGUGCACGCAGCUUUUGGUUUCCAGACCCGAUGAGGAGAAUAUAAGUUCCUAUUUACAGCUCAUAGACAAAUGUCUAAUUCAUGAGGCUUUUACAGAGACACAGAAGAAAAGAUUGUUGUCAUGGAAACAGCAGGUGCAGAAACUGUUUCGGUCUUUCCCUCGGAAAUCCCUCCUAGACAUAUCAGGAUAUCGGCAACAGAGAACCCGCGGCUUUGGCCAGUCAAACUCCUUACCCACAGCCGGAUCUGUCGGUGCAGGCCUGGGCAGGCGAAACCCGCGGCAGUUCCAGAUCCCGUCCCGCAACCUCCCCACCACCCGCCUGGGGCUGCUUGGCCCCACGGGGCUCCUCGGCGCUGCCCAGCGCAGCGCCGCCGCCAACCCCACGCUCCUCAAGCAAGGGAGACAGAACCUGUGGUUUGCAAACCCUGGGGGGAGCAACAGCAUGCCCAGCCGGACCCAUAGCUCAGUGCAAAGGACCCGCUCCCUGCCUGUCCACACGUCCCCGCAGACCAUGCUGAUGUUUCAGCAGCCAGAGUUCCAGGUGCCAGUGACAGAACCUGACAUCAACAACAGGCUGGAGUCCUUGUGCCUGAGUAUGACCGAGCAUGCCCUAGGUGAUGGCGUGGACAGAACCUCUACCAUAUAGGAGACGAAGGCGUGACGGUAACAGCGCUGGCUGCGAGAACGACUGCUGCGGGUCCAGUAGCAAGGGUCUCCAGACUUGCACAGGAUCCUCAACGACCUUUCGCAUCUUUUUCUCUCUCCCUUUCUCUCUGUCUCCCUCUCCUGUUUUAAUUUUGUGGAUGUGUAGAUUGUCCUUGUGAACAUAUUGUUAGAAUUGGAAUUUGGUUUUGUCAUUUAUUACAUCCAUGCUAGAAGAAGGGGAAAAAAAGUAAAAAAAAAAAAUAAAAAAAAAAAAAGGAAAAACCCACGUAAGGAAAAUCUGAGCAGCAAGCUGAGGUGCUGGUAAAAGAGGUAUUCAUCUCUGGUCCGGAGGACAGGAGAGCACCAGAAGCAAACCCUGUUUCUGAACGAGGAAACGUGUAACAACUAUCACACAGGUGUGACCAAAAAAAUAAAUCCCCCAGUGUAAACCAAAACUGUUCCUAGUUCCCAUCUCCUCUAUUUCACUGGAGCUCAGACAUCAACGCGAGCUGCAGUGGGAUCAAAAACAUGCUGGGGGGGAAGAAAGAGAGAAAAACCAAAACUAAGCUUCCUUUCAGCAAAUCAAACUAAAUGUCAAUUUGUGCACUGUUUACAUAAAGGUAGAUAUCAAGGGUACAUAAGUGUGCAACGACGUCAGGCCGGCCUUUUGUCUCACGUUCCUGUUGUACAAGGAUGUGUCAUUUUAACUUUUGUUACUUAGCAGCAGGUUUGCAUUUUAACUCGCAGCCGAGUUUCGCUUCUGGGGAGUGUGGGCAGCCUGGGGCAGGCCUCGAGUUUUACUGCUGGGUGGAAGCGUGAACCCGGCGAAGAGAACAGGGGAUGUUGUCGAGUGGGCAGGGCGACGUGCGAUUAGGCGAGGAGAAGGAGUUGGAGCAGUUUCCAUGUCUUUUCUUUUCUAGUGCACAGCAAAAUGCUGCCUCAUGGGUUUUACCGAUCUGCCUCCCCGCCCCGGGCUGACCCACCAAACCAUGUCGAGAACCGGCUACCAUGUAUCAGCUAAAUUGCAUCUGGUAGGGGGCUGUGCCUUUCCUUGCAGGCGGUAUAGCAGGAGGGGGCCAGGUUCCUGUGCAAAAACCCCAGCAGCAAAAUCUAAGCAGUGCUGAACUGCAGCUUGCUGUAUAAAUAGGGAGCAUGUUAAUGCUGGAGCACUCCCAUUUUCCUCCCUCUCAACAAACAGUGGGCAAGCAUGAGGUCACGGGGUAAAAAGCAGACUGGACUGGACGUUGCAUGCAAGUGAAGGAAGGUCGACACGGGGUGGGGUUGAGUUUAAAGAGAUGGCAGGGGGCACGUGCAGUAUUACGCUGCUGUCAUCCCAGAACUGCAGCUGUGUCGGGUUUGCUUUGUAUAACCAAAAGUCGGGCCUCGGUUCCUUAGAUGGGUGGAUUGGGUGCAACGUUGGUCAAGCCAGGGUUUCAACUGAGAUCCAGGGCCACAGUUGGGUUUUGCCCACACCAGUGAGUAUCCACAGCACUGCCCUUGAAUGCAGGGGAGUUACUCCAGUGUCCGUGAGAGCAUGUUACACACGGUUAUUUUGAAGCCCCUUGACUUCUUGAGGCACAGAGGGACCCGAAUCUGAUUUUACUUACACCAGGUUUGUCCCACUGUAUCUCCACUGACAUCAGUGGACGUCCCUGGGUCUUGCAUGACUGUAAGUGAGAAUGUGAUUUGGCUCACAUACCCGUUCUUUAUCAUAUAAAGAAGAGCAGUGUAAGUGCGUACCGUGGCUAGGGGAAUGUAUCAGCAAUACUUCCAACAUUAGUUCUGUCUGUUCACGUUGCUCCAGGUUGGGUGUUCUCUGCAGGUAGCUACAGGAUCGGUCAGAGAAGCAAGUUUUUUCUUAGUGCCAAUACGUGUGACUAGUUUAAAAGGUGGGGGCGGGGGAGAAUAAGGGCUUAACUCUAACUAUGAAAGAGAUGUUCUCUUGUCUGUACCGUAGGAUUAGUAAAUCCAGUCUAGAGGCAGCAUUUUUAAGUAGUUUUAUAAAAACUAAAAGUGCCAAAAUGCAAUUUUUUAUGUUGAUCGACAUAAAGUUGACAUUUGGUUUUCCGGGGUCCAGAAGGUGCAGUGUGAUGUAGAGAAGGGGAAAGCCAGGAUGAUGAUACCCAGGGACUUGGGAACGUGUGAUGAAGAGCUGGAGACAAAGUGAAUGAAAAGGAUGAUGACCUGCAGUGUUACGCAUUAGAGACAAAGAGAAAGUUUUCCAGUCAGAGUUGUACCUUGAGCACUCAUAGCUAUACAAAACGCAGCUUCUGAAAGCAAGUUGUGAACACAAUCACUUUAGCCUGAAUCUUUUGAAAGGAAGACUCAAAAGUAUUUACAAAUCUGAAAUUCUAUUUAUUCCUUUGCUGAGUAUAGAAACAGAGGUUAUCUGAUUAUUAGAUAUAUUAUUUUGGAUAUAUUACUUAUUAACUUGCUAUGGCUGGUAACCAUGAUAAUGUCUGUUAUUAACAACCACAUAAUUCUUUUUUUUUUUAAGCUUAUUUUCCAUUGACAGUGUAUAGGUUAAUGAGAACUACUUAGUUGUGUUUUGCUGUUUCUUGUUUUAAUUAAAAAAGUGGCUUCAGUUAAAUUUUGGAAGUCCUUCCCAGCUCUGUUUUGCAGCCUGUAUUGAGUGCAGGUUUAGAGCUUAAUUAAAAAAA